AUGGCGAUAGAAAAGGUUAUUGUCGUGGGCGCAGGACCGUCAGGUCUAAUCCUCACCCUCCUCCUCUCCAAAAAAGGAAUAUCAGUAGAACUACUCGACGCUGGCGCAGAACUAGACAAACAGCCACGCGCAGCCCACUACGCCUCAGCCGCUACCUACGAAUUAGAACGAGCCGGCGUGCUAGACGAUCUAAAAGAGCGUGGCUUUAGCCCAAAGGGCUUCGCAUUCCGUAAGUUCGAUACCAGCUUCAUCGCCGGAAUCAAUCAUGCAUCAUUGCCCGAAGACUACCCAUACAAGAUGCAAGUCCUGCCCCUGGAUCGACUGGGUCAACUUCUUUACGAACAUGUCCAGCGCGAGCCAAAAGCAGCGGUGAAAUGGUCUCACCGGGUCGUGAAAAUCGGCCAGGAUCAGGGUAAAGCCUGGGUGGAUGUUGAGACUACCAGUGGAACACAUAGAUCGCAAGCAGACUAUGUUAUCGGCUGUGAUGGGGCUAGCAGUACUGUUCGACGAGAAUUAUUUGGACCUGAGUAUCCUGGCGAAACACUGAAUGCUCAGAUCAUUGCUACAAAUGUAUACUACGACUUCGACCGCUACAACUACUGGGAUUCAAACUUUAUAGUCCACCCAACAAAGUACUACAUGGCCGCCCGCAUAACGAAAGACGGUCUCUACCGAGUGACAUACGGCGAUAUACCGGGUCUCAGUAGAGAACAGUACAUCGCGCGCCAGCCAGCUCGCUAUGAGGAGAUUUUACCGGGGAGUCCUAAACCUGGUGAUUAUCAAAUCACGAAUAUCUCGCCUUAUAGAAUGCAGCAGAGGUGUGCGCCUGCUUUUCGGGUUGGGAGGGUUCUGCUUGCUGCUGAUGCGGCGCAUCUUUGUAAUCCUUUUGGCGGUCUUGGACUUACUGGCGGAAUCGCAGAUGUGGGAAAUCUCUUCGAUGCACUUGUUGGUAUCCACGAGGGUCUUGCGGAUGAUUCUAUUUUGGAUAAAUAUAGUGAAGUGCGGAUGCGUAUUUGGAGAGAUAUUAUCGAUCCUAUGUCACGAGAGAAUUUCCGAAGACUUUGGGAUCAGGAUCCUGAGAAGGCUCUUGAGAAUGAUCAAUUCUUUCAGAUUUGCAAGAAAUCCGAGACGAACGAGGCUCUUGCGAGGGAGUUGGCUUUGGGAUUGGAUGUGCUCAGGUUCGAUAUGACGCAGUUCUAUAACAAAACGAACAACACGGAUGAUUCUCGUGGGAAGUUGUGA